CCGCAGCCCUGGGGCCUCAGGGAUGAAGAGGGGACCCUCCUGGGGGCACUGCCUGAUGCCCUCUGGCAGUGUCCCGCUCCUGAUGAGCCUGCGGUACAGCAACCACCCGCCGCCCUGCUCCCUGCACGGGCAUUUCCCUGGCGCUUUCCCCGCCGGGCCCAGGGGCGGUCUGGGCAGGGGGGCAGCGUGCCCCGGCCCCCAGGCCGCCAUCACGGUGUCCUCGCUCAGCUCCGCAGCAGCCCAGCAUUUUUCCCCUCAGAGAGGGAUCCCUGUGUCCCACGGCCUCAUGUACCCGACAGGCCAAACAAGCAGGUCUGGGCUCCCCCGGCCAGGGCUGCGCUGGGGCAGCCACGGGCAGGGGUCCAGGCCUGGCUAGUCAGGGACCCUGGGGUCCCUCGGAGCCGGUGGGAUCGGCCCUCGGCCACCUUCCCUGGUGCUCAGGGACACGGGGAACAAACACACAGUUCCUCCCGCCCCCGCUGGAGCGUGGCGGCCGUGGGGCGACGCGGGGCUGCUCUGGCUGUGAGUCAGGGCAGGCCACGUGAGGCACAGGGCCAGCCCCGACGCCUGCCCGCCCGCCAUCGCCCGCCCGGCCAGACGUCGCGCAGCCCCGCAGGCACAGCAAUGGAGAAAGUGCACAUCCUAUUCCCAGACCUUACAGAAGAACAGCAAGACAUUUUCCAGAGAGGUUUUACUGCCGAUGCCCAUUACUUGGAGAACCAUGAGAAAACGAACCAGUCCUUCUGGGAAUCACUUGUAAAAUGUUUAGCCGCCACUAACCCACCUAUCCUGAAUACUGAAGAAAAGAACAAUCUCCUCAACAGCUGCAGUGGCUGGCCUGGAGGCUGCUCAGCCUGCCUGAAAGCCAUCGAGCAGAAAGGAGCCAGGGCAAUGGUGGCUCUUUACCUCUUGCUGAAGACAGCCAGCCCGUCUGGGUAUAAGCAGCUGCCCAGCUCCAAGGGAAAGGAUGAAAAAUUGAAAGUCCUGAAGAGAUUGGAAAGGAAUGUUAUGCUUUCACAAGGGGAAAAAAAGGCUGAAAACUCAUCCCAUGAGUCCACGGAUGAAGAUACAAAAGACAGUGAUGGGGAAGAUUUAGCAAGACAGAAGACUGAAGGCCAAUUACUUGGAGGCAUACCAGCAGAGGUUGUUCCCUACAGAGAUUCAGAGGUUACCAGACGAGAAGAUUCAAUUGCAGAUGCAUAUAAGAACAGGAACAGUCACCUCCCUCAGUGGACAGUACGGUGGAUGGGCAUAAGGAAGGAUGAUGAAUUCUUUCAUUUUGUCAUUCUUUGCUUUGCAAUUGGAGCUUUACUCAUUUGCUACUACUACUACAAAGACUGGACAAUUUCUCUUGGAAUCGGGUUAAUCACCUUUGCAUCCCUGGAAACCACUGGGAUAUACUUUGGUCUAGUGUAUCGAAUUCGGAGCAUUCUUGACAGUUUUGUUCCUCUGAUUGACAAAUUCAGGCCAACAGGUGUGAGGAAAGCUGCCUAGGUGGAGUACUUCAAGAGAGUUCAACAAAACCCUGCUGUCUGAAUUUCUAGUAUUAAAAGAACUGCUGUAUAAGGCAAACAUAAAAACCUAAUGUGAAAUACUGAAAUGUCAAAACUGUAGAAAAGACAUUCCCUCCUCUCAAAAAUAAAGCUGAAACUGUG